GGCCCCGCGCACCAUGAGACACGGCACCGGCCCCGGCAUCGGGCGCGAGGCGGGCGGCGUCCCCGGCUCCUCGGCGGCGACCAAGAGUUUGCCGGCUCCCGAGCCCGGCCUCCUGCGCGCCUGGAGCAGCGGCGGCCGCUGCCGCAGCGGCACCGGCAGGCAGCGGAGAAGCGGCGGCAUCCAGCCCGGCGGCACCGGCACCCAGGUGGCCACCGCGGACAGCAGCAGCGGCGGCGGCGGCGGCGGCUGGGGCUUCCCCGCCGCGCUCCCGCAGCACCGGCAGCCCAGGAAAAACUGCUUAGACAAUCUAAUGGAUGAAGAUGAGAAAGACAGGGCAAAGAGGGCUUCGCGUAACAAGUCUGAAAAGAAGAGGCGUGAUCAGUUCAAUGUUCUCAUCAAGGAGCUCAGCUCAAUGCUUCCAGGCAACACCCGUAAAAUGGACAAAACUACUGUGCUGGAAAAAGUCAUUGGCUUUCUGCAGAAACACAAUGAAGUGUCGGCACAGACGGAGAUUUCAGAAAUUCAGCAGGACUGGAAGCCUUCAUUUCUCAGCAACGAGGAAUUCACCCAGCUGAUGUUGGAGGCAUUGGACGGCUUCAUCAUAGCAGUAACCACAGGUGGGAGCAUCAUCUACGUGUCUGACAGCAUCACACCUCUUCUAGGGCAUUUACCAUGUGAUGUCUUGGAUCAGAAUUUGUUAAAUUUCCUCCCGGAACAAGAACAUUCAGAAAUUUAUAAGAUGUUAUCUUCCUGCAUGCUUAUGACAGAUUCUGCCUCAUCGGAUUACCUAAAAACUGACAAUGAACUAGAGUUUUAUUGUCAUCUUCUGAGAGGAAGUUUGAACCCAAAGGAAUUUCCAACAUAUGAAUACAUAAAAUUUGUAGGAAAUUUUCGGUCUUACAGCAAUGUGCCUAACUCCACCUGCAAUGGCUUUGAUGAGGCUGUUCCCAGGGCUUACAGAGCAUCACCAGGAAAGCAGAUCUGCUUUGUCGCCACUGUUCGUUUGGCAACGCCUCAGUUUUUAAAGGAGAUGUGCAUCGUGGAAGAGCCUCUAGAGGAAUUCACGUCAAGACACAGUCUGGAAUGGAAAUUUUUAUUCCUGGAUCACAGAGCACCGCCGAUCAUAGGAUACUUGCCUUUUGAAGUGCUGGGUACUUCUGGCUACGACUAUUACCAUAUAGAUGACCUAGAGCUGCUUGCAAGGUGCCAUGAACACUUGAUGCAGUUUGGCAAGGGGAAGUCGUGCUGCUAUCGGUUUCUGACCAAAGGACAGCAGUGGAUCUGGCUCCAGACCCAUUACUAUAUCACAUACCACCAGUGGAACUCCAAGCCAGAGUUCAUCGUGUGCACACACAUGGUGGUAAGUUAUGCAGAUGUGCGGGUGGAGAGGAGACAGGAGAUGGGCUUGGAAGAAGUGUCCUCAGAGGUUGUGUCCUCAGCACUAAAGGACAGUGGCUCCAGCUUGGAUCCUGACCAGCACUUUAAUGCGCUUGAUAUUGGUGCCUCAAUCCUCAGUGCUAGCCGGACACCCUCAGUGUCAUCCAGGAGCUCACCAAAAUCUUCCCACACACCCAAGUCUGACCCAGCAUCUACACCAACAAAGCUGACUGCAGAGGCAAGCACUCCCUUGCAAAGAACAUCCAGCACGCAGCAGGACUUAUCUGCACACAGGCUCAGCCAGCCUACUGCUCUGCAGGCUUCCUUGCCUUCUCAACCUUCAUGUGAGCUUCUCCCACAGCAGUUGCUGCCUCAAGCAACUUUGCAAAGUCAGCCUGCACCACUGGCACAGUUCUCUGCCCAGUUUAGCAUGUUCCAGACCAUCAAGGACCAGCUAGAGCAGCGAACGCGGAUCCUGCAGGCCAACAUCCGCUGGCAGCAGGAGGAGCUCCAGAAGAUCCAGGAGCAGCUCUGCCUGGUCCAGGAUUCCAGCGUGCAGAUGUUCCUACAGCAGCCAGCGGUGUCCCUGAGCUUCAGCAAUAUUCAGCAGCCAGAGCCGCAGCCACUACAGCAGAGGCCAGGGGUCAUUUCUCAGCAGCAGCUUGUCCUCAGUCCUCAGCUCCCAGGGCAAAUUGCAUCUCCACAAACACCGAGCCAGCAAGUACUGAGGGAAGCAAGUGUGAUAUCGAGCCAGGGCCCAAAGGCAGAGAGGAGCACUGAGCUGACGACAGGCAGCAGCCGCCCAACUCGCAGCACGGCCACACUGUUCGGCCCCUCCACCUCUCUGUCCCGCCGAGGCCCCGGCCCCAGCUCUGGUCCUGGUGCAUCUGCUGCUGGCUGCAGCCAUGACCAGCAGCUCAGACUGUUGCUCAGCCAGCCUAUUCAGCCUAUGAUGCCCACAUCCUGUAAUGCAAGACACCCUUCAGACCUCAGCAUGGCUGGAUCCCAGGCUAAGUACUCUCAAAACCAACAAAUGUUUCAAAGUUUGGAAGUGCAGACUUCCAGCAGCGGCUCUCCAAUCGUCCUGAUGGGACAAGCAGUGUUAAACCAAGGGUUUGCCACGACUCCUCCUUCCCAGUCAUCCUCUCUGCCACCUAUGCAACUCCAGCACCAACAGCAUCAGCAACAACGCUACCUGCAGGUACAAACACCAAGUUCUUUGCACAAUGAGCAAACUGAUUCUUUGCUCCUGUCAUCUUACUCACCACAGCAAGGAAAUAUGGGGUAUCAUCAGACACAGCAGCAGCAGCAGCAGCAGCAGCUACCAAGAAGAAGCAAUAGCUUAUCAGAAUCAUCAAAUUUACCACAGCCACUGCGAUAGAGUCCCACCAGCACAAUCAAUGCACGAUUAGCUUUAACCAAUGGGCACAUGGGGCAGGAGAGAAUGACUUUGUACUUACUGUUUCGGCUUUUGCACGAGCCUUUGUUUCACAGCUCUGUGAUGCCACAGAGGACAGACUGCUGCACACAGCACACUGACGGCACCCUGGAUUCAGCUUGUGCUGUCUUGUGAGCACAGCACGUACCGGCAGAGCGAAACAAAGAGGAACGCUAUCCUGUGCAGACUCCAUCAUCACUGAGUGCACAGGAGGAGGAGUUCCAGCUUGGCGUGUCGCUUGGAAAGCUGGCUGGCAAUUCCAAAAGACUGUUGACAGACACAUGAGGUACUUGGCCUUCACUCUUUCGGUUCUUCUUUUGUGUAUGAAAAGCACUGCGUCAAAGGUCUAUUGAGGAGAGAACAAGAGAUUAUUUUUAUUAUGAUUAUUGUUAUUAUUUUGCACAACUGCACAGAGGACAAAACCUAGGCACUUUCUGUAAAGAGAAGUCUGUUUCCUUAUUCUUGUGGCCAAAUUAGCACAUCCAAUGGAAAAGAAAGCCUGGUCAUUGGUGAAGAUGGUCUACAGCUCAUAGCCCUUGAUUUAGAAUCUGAGAAGUAUUAUGCAGCUUACCCUAACUGUUCUUCGUGACUGAGAACAAAACAGCAACAACAAAAAACACUGGACUGUUUUCUAUAUGAAUUGUGAUUGCAAAGGUGAACUCAAAUUGUAAGCACAAUCAUGCAUCUCUCCCGUAAUACAAGAUGGAUCCUUCUUCAAGCUAAAUAACUCACUCACUGCAAGUCUCUGAGAAAUAUGCACUGUGUUUUGGCCCACUGACUCGGGAUGCUGCAGACUAUUACAUAUCUCCUUCAUUAUAACAUUUAGGGUUGGAUUUUCCUUUGGGGGGGAAAGAAGAAAUGCACUUUUCGCUUUUUUUGUAUGUUUUCUGUUGAUAUGUUUCUAAGAAAGAUUUUAUGUAAUUAUUAAAUAAAAAGUAGUGUAUUGUACAGCUGUUGUAAUAAUGACCUAUUUCUAUAUAAAAUAAAAUUAUAUGGAAUUAUGUGGAAAUUAUUUUGUAUAUGAAAUAUCAACUCAUUUCACAAGUAUAAAGAUUGUGCUUGUGCUUUUUUGUGAGUGGAUAUUUUGUAAUAAACUAAUGAAUUAGAAAUGUUUUUUUGUGAAGGGUACUACUGUUUCAUGCUAUAUACAUCUUAAGCUAUUUUUUUUUUCCAUUUAAUGAUGGACAGUGUCUUUAUUUGUAGAAUAAAAUAAAAUAGCCAAAAGGCUUAAUUGCAGGACUUGCA